UGUAAUAUUUGUGUGUGUGUGUUUGUGUAUGCGAGGCUAGGAGUUGAUGGCGACGGGGACGGUGUUUUGUGUUAAUGAAUAAACGUAUGAAUUGCGUCAAAAUUCACGGGUUUAUUUCAAAGUUUUUCACGAAUUUACCAUUUGGAGAAUUGUUUUUUUCUUUUGUGAAGUGUGUGCUUGUUAAACGGCUUGGAUUUAAAGGGACAAGAAAGUGGGCAUCGCGAUGUGCCAACGGCGUGGCCUCGGUGAGAGUUGACACCUUCGGGCAUGGGCCUCUAUUUUGAGCUUUUGCUCCACGAGAAAGGCGGACCCUCGUAGAAAAAAAAAAAAAAAAAAAAAAAAAAACGCCGCAUCACGAAGAAAGAGGAAACCGGUGCCUUGAGAGAUCAUCGUGCAGAAAUGUUGCGAAACAAUACUUCAUUAUUCUCUUUGGAAUUUUCAACAAAAUUGAUACUAUUGUUAUGCAUUGUUACAUAAUUAGACUUUUGGAUAGAAUGCAGAAUUGUUUAAUUAUACGUUCAAGGGAAAAUUUCACUAAAUCAAUAGUGUCUGUCACUCCCCUAAAUUUGCACGUUUGUAGAAAACUGAUGUCUAUUAUUUGCAAACAGCACAUGAACGCUUCUUUGAAGAAGAAAUUAGUAUUGAUUCAUCAGAUUACUAUGUAUAUUGCGGAUUAUGGGAGCCUUAAUCAUUUAUGAUUCUUCAGAAACAUAUAUAUAUCAAAUGAUAGUAUAAUAUAGAAAAUUUAAAUCAAAUAUUCAUCUCUUGGACAAAUGUCCGUAAUUCAUAAAAGGUUUGGACCAGCCAUGUCUUGUAGGCGGCGUCGUGAAUUGAAAUUCACUAUAGAUAGAGAAGACGUACGCGAGAAACGCGUUAGAUAGAAUGAGUGGACCUCGACAGAGUGAAGCUCGUAGCUUCAAUGAAAAGUGUCCAAGGCCACCAGUUCCUGGAGGAGAAACAGAAAAGUUUACUGGCGCUUGUAAUCUUCAGAGUCCAGCAUUAACACCAAGGCGUUCGUCUCUCGUCCGUCCAUCGAUAUCUAGUUAUUAUGAUGCUUCCGCACCUUUGGGCUUUGAACCAGAGGGUUCUUGUGGAAAAACCAUCAUGGAGAAUGAUCCACGUAUACCAUGUCUUCAAUGGGCAAAAAAUCUCCACAAUUUGCUACACGAUCCUGAGGGUCUUGAACUUUUUCGCAAAUAUCUUGAUCAGGAAGGGAGACCACACGUGAAUCCACUUAAUUUUUGGUUCGCGUGUGAAGGCCUUAAAAAACAACGAGAUCCAAAACAAAUAUAUGAACUUAUCAAACUCAUCCAUGGAAGGUUUUUCGUCAAGUCACAGCUACAAAUACCGGAGGAAGUGCGAAAGGAGGCAAAUCGUAGAGUUAAGGAAGGUCUAGUCGAUAAGCAGGUGUUCAAUGUAGCGCAAUUACAAGUUGAACAUCUUAUUAACGAAACGACAUAUCCGAAUUUUUUGAGGUCCGAUACAUACUUACAGUAUGUUCAAUCCUGCCAAAAUCCUGAUCCUGGCGGUUGUCCAAGUCCAGGAUCAAGUCGUGAAAUGUCCCUUUCUUGUGGGCCUAAUACGCUACCAACAUUAUUUGAAGACAGCGAAUUUAUAAGCUCGAUGCAUGGCCCUCAUACAGCAAGUUCAACGUCCAUGGAAAUGACUAGAGAAGUUAAAUUAACUGAAGAAGUUCUCAUGCGUACGCAGCAGGUCAGAGCGUUGGACUUUAAACGGAAACCGGAAGCUUUUGCUGGCAUUUAUUUACAACCUGGAGCUAAUCCCUACCAUGUAACCAGAAUGCACGCUCAAUAUUCCUCAUACAACCCAGUCUCCAGACAGGAUUCCGAACUGCAAAGUGUGAGCAGCGAUGCUCGCACUGAAUCUGAUACAAUGUCACUUAAUGGCUCGUCAGUGGAUGGAAUGUCAAUAGGCAAAUCGUUUGCAAGUAAAAAGCAGUACAGUCGACAACAUCGAGCAAUGAAGGAGAGUGCAUCGAAGAAUCGUGAUAAUUUGGAUUCAAUGAUACCGCGAACACAACGAUUGACACGUGAUGUAAAUCAACCACAAGAUCCUGAAUCGUUUGCACAUCGAUUGAUACAAAAAUUGGAAAUUGUCAAACGACAACAGGAGAAUGGUGAGAGAUUAAGUCGUCAUUUACAGGAUCCAGAAAUGUCAUUUGGAGGUGAUAUGGAUAAUGAAUUAAGUGGACAAAUAACAACAUCAACAACGGCGACUAAUCUUGGUGAUGGUCGUGGUAUUUUUUUCACUGAUCAAUUGAGACAAAAUCUAUUUAUUGACGACGAUAACGAUCAAGCAAUUCUCGAUCAACAUGUCUCGCGUGUUUGGGCUGAUUCAACACCGUCAAGAUCGCCACAUGGUUUGGCAUCGCCGCCACCUCCACGUUUACCCGAGAGACGACGACCGCCACACGUUUAUUCACGAUCAAAUAAACCGCGACGGGACAAAGAUGUUUUCUCAACUUUCUCCAUUGACAGUGGUAACAUUCACGAUUUCCCCGAAGGAAGCGAUCUUAUCGGCGCUGGUUCCAUGAGUUCACUUGGCUCGCAUUUGCCUAAAUCUAAAUCCGUACCAUCCGAUUAUGCUGAUUCCCUCCAUAAACAUGAUUUUUACUUGCAAGGUCGUGAACAGAGAAUCAAGAAAGCAGAAAUUGCCAGGCGAUCGACGACAAAAAAAUCAUUGACUGAAUUAACUGAUAGUGGAGUCAGUGUUCUUAGUGAGGCAUCGUCAUUGCCUCGCGAUAGACGUCUUCUUUCUUGGCUUAAAGACGCUGACAAAGGAUCGGACGUCAAAUAUGUUAGACAACAAUUGAAUCUUUAUGGUUCUCGUAGUGGAUCUUUAGAGAGAUCAAAUCAAGACAUGCUCGCUCCUGCUCAACCGUUUGUGGCUGAUCCUGGAAUGCCACCUCUUCCUCAGCCGCACACUGAUACACAACUUGAAGAAGCGAAAAGAAGGUUACUUCCUUUAAUGGAAGAUGAUCGAGGACGUGGUGGCAAUAGGCAAAGAUAUCCUGGCAAUAAACAAAUUUACGAGCAAUCGGCUCAAAGUCCAACUUGCUCUUAUUCAAAUCAAUCGACAUUGAGAAAAACGAAAAACGAGGAAAAAGAUUUUACCACAGUUGUGUUCAAUUUUUGCGACGAACAAUAUCCAUAUAGAACAAAAAUACCAGGACGAAAUAUAACUUUAAAGCAAUUUAAAGAAAUUCUUCACAAAAAGGGCAGCUAUAGGUAUUUCUUUAAAACAGAAUGCGAAGAUUUGGACGUAAAAGUAAUUCAAGAAGAGAUAACUGACGAUUCUGAAAUUUUACCACUUUGGGAAGGUAAAAUAAUGGCUGAAGUUAAAUCUUUGGAAUAAAUUUUGCUUUUUUUCGAAAAAAGAAAAAAAACAAGUAAGAAACGUUGCAAACAUUUUUUACUAAAAAGAAGAAAUGUGUGUUUCAAAAAUACUUGUUUUAAUUAAUGACGAUAUUUUUACACAUUCUCUGUAACAAUUCGAAGAAAAUCUUUUUUUUUUUUACUAUAUUUUACGACAUGUAAAGUAAAUGAUAAAAAAAAAUAACUAGGAAUCGAGCAAAAAAUAAUCAGGGUAUCUUUUUUUUUUGUGAAUAGAAUUCAUUUUUGUACAAUUUUCUCUCAAUUCUGAUAAUAUUUAGCUCUUAGAUACAAUUUACAAGUUCGAUCUGAAUUUAUCGGUUGAGUGUAUAAAAAAAAAAAACAAAGAGAUUUUUUUCUCUCUUUUUAUAUUUUACAGAACUUUUUUGUAAACUUGAUUUUUUACAGAAAAAAAAGGAAUAAUGUCUGCGCAAUUGAGAUAAAUGAUAAAUUGUUAAUUUUUUUAAGGAAGCAAAGAAUUAUUCAAGACUUGACUGUGUACAUAAUUGUAAUAGUAAUUUUUCGUAAAGAAAUCUUCAUAUAUUAUUAAUGGAGAAUCGAUAAUAGACUGAUGUGCGACUGCGAUUUUGUUUUUUAAUUUACGAUUCGCGGCCGCUCAAAACAGUUAAAUCUUUACAAAAAGAAAUGAAUUAAAAUUUUCUUCCUUUCGAAGACUUCCCAAUAGUUUUCCAAUCGUCUGUACAAAGCGCCUGAGUAGUUUACCGCCUUAAUAAGGUCUGCGUAGACCCUAGACUAGAAUUUAAAAAAAAAAAAAAAAAAAAAAACGAAAAAAAACAAGUUUCCAUUGUUCAGAAUGAAGACAAAAGUCGAUUGGAGUCAAAAAAAGAAAAAAAAAUCGUCUCAUGUCUAAAUCUGUGCGAAGGUACUUGAAUUAUAGGGAAAAAAAAUUAUUAUUACAAAUUAGUUUGUAAGAAUAAAGAUAUUAUGUAUAUUAUAUAUAUCAUCUGGUUCUUAUAUAUAAUAUGUAUAGUAUAAUAUAUAUAUAUAUAUAUAUAUAUAUAUAUAUAUAUAUAUAUUAUAUAGAAAGCGAGAGAUAAUUAUUGAAAAUAAAAAAAAAAAUGUAACUUACGAUUCAUCGUGCCGCCAAUCAUCGUUGACAUUGUAAAAUAUAAUCAUUACACACAUUUAAAAAAAAAAAUCGUAUUUGAUACGAAAUAGACUGAAGAUACAUGAACAUGGGAUUUGCGUUAGAGAAAAAAAAGAGACGAAUACCGCGGAGGAGGCAUUAGCAUUUAGAACGUAACAAUGUUUUAUCAGGUGCGGAAAAUUGUGCCUUUUUAGUGGAGUAAGGUUGAAUAUUAAGCCUAAAUGAAUCAAAACAGAAGUCAAAUUUUUGACUAUGUACUCGAUAAAUUGAGGGUCCGUUACCGAGACGCCAGCCGUGAUCAUGCAUAAAUUAUUGACAUUUUUUUUUUUUCUCUUGCUGUCAGUGUACAUUAUUAUUUUACAUAUGUAACUCGUUUUUGGAAAUUGCGAGUUAAUAUUUUUGAGAAAAGAAUUUUUUUUUCCUAAAAAAAAAAAAUUCCAAAAAAUGUAAUAAUUCUUCUUUUUAUUUGUGAAAUUGAAUUUAAAGAAAAAUUAAUUUAUACACAGCAAUGAGUAACUAUAAAAUAUAUUCUAGUAUUACAUAAUAGAGCAGCAAAGCUACUCUAUAUUUUUUUUUUCUUUUUUCGAUUAGUUUUAAGAAUGCCUAGAUCUUGGAAUUUUUGCUAAAACUUAUAGUGUGUUGUAUGAGAAGCUUUUUUUUUUGAGCGCGAUGUAAUUAUUUAUUGUUGGGCGUAAAACUUCUCUUUAAUCAAAUAAAAAAAAAAAAAAAAAAAAAAAGAACCGGCAAUAUUUACUAAUUAUUCUGUACACUGUAUAGGACAUUUUAAAUGAGAUUUUUUUUUGUUUUCUUUUUUAAGCGAGUAUUUCACGGAAGUCGGCACAAUUUCUCAGAGCGGUCUCUCCGUGAAUGGUAUUUUGUUAAAAUCUACGCUAUCACCAAUUGUCCGCCUCCCUGAAAUAAUAUACUAAAUUAAUGUAAAUUUACAGAAACAAAAAAAAAAUCAAUUUGCAAGAAACUUUAUUAUUUUCUAAUUUAAGAUUUUUUAUAAAUUUAUCAAAAAAUUUAUUUUUUCGGAUUUAAAGUUUCAGGAGGCGGCGCACUGCAAAUAAUUGAUCUUUUUUUUUUAAUCGUAAUUAAUUAUGAUUAAUUAAUAAAGUGUUCCUGUACCUAAUUAAUUAUUAUUAUUAUUAUUAAAAUUAUUAUUGUAUAUCAAAAAGUAUUCAAAAUAAUAAUGCGAUUUUCACUGGA